ACGUGGUUGCCGGUAGGUAGCAUUACAACAGCGGUGGCUGCAGUGACUCCAGAUAUGCUCUCAAAAGUUGUAAGUUUGGACAUAUGCUGUGUGUCCAGAGGGGGAUACAUCGAGCGCUGGCGAACAUUGUAUGUUCUGUAUGCAAGCACCUCUUGACAUCGGAUGAUUCUUUUUGAUACACUCUGUAUGAGUCUAUAGUGUUACAGAUAACUCAGAAGUAUAUACAGCAUAUAAAAUCAACAACAGAGUGCUGAAUAAGAAGUACUUUUGUUUGAGAUACUUGAAAUGUAUAUUAUUACUUAUGCUUACUUAUAUAAAUGCAUAAAUUGCCACUUUGUAAAACAGUUAUUUAAUAACAUAAAACUACUGCUAAGGAGGCUUUGGUGCCUAGUGGGGCUCUGUGCUGUGCAGUGGGAAUUUAAACUCCUCAAAGGCUUUAUUUUGAAACUUCUGGGCGGAAGUCCCCGUGAGCCUACCUAGCUUGGCAGCUAGCCUGCGCAGCAAGUCUCCUUGCCGCCGCCGCCGCCGCUAAAACGGUUCAGUGCAGGACUAUCUCCUCCAUCACUUCCUUCUACUGAGCAAUGUGUUGUGAGGCAGGGGGGUGUGAGGAGCGCCACUCUUCACUGCUUCACGCGGCUCGGGAGCCAUGGCGGAGGGGGUACUGAGGACGACCCAGCGGCCGGAGCACAGCGGGUCACCAGGAGCGGCUCAGCACACAAGGAAGGACCCACGUUCUCACCUGCAGCCCAGCCUCUAGAACCGUUACUGACGGAAUACAAUGGUGACGUCUGCUAAACUUUUCCGCACAUCCUCAGCUUUGGUCACGCGCGGCCGCUUUAACUUUUCACCAACUGGCAGUUGUCGAUUCUCGAUGGUAUCGUAGCGACGCGGAGUUUGGUGUGCUUUUCUCUUCUUCCAGGACGUGUGUCCUGUAAAGCCAUCUGCCUCGGGCGGAAAUCUGGCGUACUGUCCCGCAGUGAGCUCGCACAGCGCCUCGUUAAUAUUUCAAAGCCGAAUCAGUAGAGGUUAACAUGGGGGCAAAGCAGAGCAGCCCCACUGCUAACCCAGCUGCUAACGGACGGACCAGAGCCUACUCCGGCUCGGACCUGCCCUCCAGCACGUCCGGUAGCAGCGCUGGCAGGACUGCCGCCGGGGCGAGGUACCACGGUGCGUCCGGAGCCUCCGGACCCAGCACCAGCCAGCAGAUCGGAGCCAGGGCCAGGUCUGUUGGGGGCUCGAGUUUAAGACCCCACUCUGGCAUUAACAUUCCCAACAGCGGCGGGGGCUACAGCUCCCCGGAGUCCGGCGGCAGCAGCCCGGAGGAGGCGGCGGACAGGGAGCGCUCGGGCGGAGGGCAAGAAGUUCCCCGGCUAUUGAUUGGAUCGUUACCAGCACACCUUUCGCCUCAUCUGUUCGGAGGCUUCAAGUGCCCUGUGUGCUCCAAGUUUUUGGCCUCAGAUGAGAUGGAUCUUCACCUUGUGUUGUGUUUAACCAAACCCAGAGUGACAUACAAUGAGGACGUCCUGCCUCGGGAUGCAGGAGAAUGUGCCAUCUGCCUGGAGGAGCUGCAACAGGGAGACACCAUCGCUCGCCUGCCCUGCCUCUGCAUCUACCAUAAAGGCUGUAUCGACGAGUGGUUUGAGGUGAACAGGUCCUGUCCUGAGCAUCCAUCGGAUUAAAGCUUUUUCAUUGCACAGGUACAUGAGCGGUCCCACAGAGGGAUCUGCAAAAAUGAAAUCCCUGGAUUCAGGGACUCUGCUGGACUCUAUGACCACUGUGAUCGGUUAACACCCUUCCUCCCACAACCCACCCACCCAAUAAUGUAGUACCACAGUGUGCCAAAUCUCAUUUAAGCAAUCUUCAGGGAUACAAACUUGUGUUUUAUGUUUAAGUUGCACAUCUACACUCAGCGUCAGAGUUGACAGACUCCUCCAUCUCCACAUCGGACCCUUUCCAGCCCUGACAGUCGGGGCAUGACAGCAGGCAGGGCUCUACUUCCUGACAGGGACGUAUCAGCAGUUUGUACACCAGUAUGGAGGAGGAGGAGGAGGGGAGUUGGAGGGAGACUGUUGGCUGACACGCUCCGACUCGCCCCCUCCCCUCCUCCGUCACCAUCAGUGUCUCCCAGUGCCUUGUUGUAGCGACGCUCGGCACGCAGCAGGUAGGACAGAGGGGAGUCCAGACUACGGCCGAGCCGGCUGUCCUCCACCCAACGCCCUACAACCCCCACCACCACCAGGACCAUCUUACCACAACUGCCAUUCUACCCGAGCAGGAGAAACAAGCCAGAGACGGCGUGUCUGCGUCUGCAGCUUCUCGCAGCUGACAGUGCUGCUGCAAAAACGGUGCCAAUCAACUGUGAAUACUGUCUAAGACUCAGUCAUCAGUGCUUUUUAGACCCCGCCCACACAGUGAAGGUCUUCAGGUACAGGAGCCCAGUCCAUCUCUCACCAGCCUGAACCCACUGCAGCACAUUGCUGCUACUUCUCUAACACGAUAAUUGUUCUGUUUGCCAGAAUAAUGUGACGCACAACAGCAUGUGGAAAAAUGAGACUAAAUUAAUAAUCCAGCCAUCCUGUUUUUUAACUGCUUAUCCGACUUCAGCCGCGUCCACACAGGGAGCAGUCUGAGUCUCUUCUUUCCCUCAAGUUAGCCCACUUUCCUGGCUGGAAAAGGCUACAGCCCGACUUUUGGAUAUGUGGUUAAGAAAAUGGAUGGAUGGAUAUUUUAACCCUCUGCUAGUAAAGACUUUAACUCAGCGUCACGUUCACAGACCAGACCCGUCUUCAUCAGAACCUGAAAUACUUUGUCCCCACCAGCAGAUGUCAGUCUGUAGUUUUCCAGCAAAGCACCAGGAUCUUGAGGUAUAACAUCCAGGCUGCCGUACAUGUGGCUGCAAACGGCUCCAGUGCAUGCUGCAGAACCUGCAUGAACCUGCAGGAUCGCUUAUUCAACACCAGGGUAAAAAGCGUGUGAACAGAAUAUGUCAUGACAUAAAUAAUGUCUCGUUCCAUCAUGGACGGGAUCUGGUAACGAGGCAAUGUGGGAAAACCUUUGAAGACCUUCAGUUAAGUUCUUAGCUUUGUGUUCCUUCCUGUAAGAAUUAGCUUCAGUUUUUUGAUCACAUCCGUCAGCUCUGUGUUCAUUUCUGCAUCAUAACCGUAGCAGCUGCAGGUAAACCGAGCCGCUCAGAGUACAGUGUUAUGUCUUUGUUGUUUGGGACACCAGACUGAGACAGUUUACUUGUGUGGAGCUGCAGGACUAUAAAGGUACCAGGAAAACACUGUGAGCUCUGUGAGGUUUUUCCAGGCACUGACCGCUCACACUGGGAGUCAGCAACUUGAUCUCGAUCCUGGCAAAUGCAGCAGUCCAGGUGCUGAGGCUGAGGAAACUUAAACUAAACAGAACUGGAGGGACUAACUGGACCUGUCUGUUUGGGGUUAGGUGUGCCUGAAGACCUCACUGAGGAACAGUGUGGACAGACUUUCAGUUUAAGAAAAACAAAACAAAAAAACUCCUUGAUACUGAUUUCACCAACAAGCUCACAUUCAGCCUUAGAGGACGAGCUAAGCUCAAACCCAUCUACUGAUCCAGGGCUUGUGUGGAUCCCAAAGCUCCAAAACAUCUGAAACUUGUCAUCCUUUUCCCGCAGUCUCUUUUGCCUGUGACUCCAAGACUAAAUCCGCCCCUUCCUAAUUGCCCAACCAGUUGGCGAGCGUUUGCUGGGGGUUGCAAAGAGGAUGCUACACCAAAAACCUCCUUCCGGUUGCUUUGGUUGCGAGCAGAUUGCCGUGGUCACCUUUAGAUGAUCGGUGAGUCGUUAGUGACCGUCUGAAGACAGGUCAGCAAACUCCAUACAAACUAUGAGUGACCACAGCAGUCUGUUAGUGACCAAGGCAGCAGCCUGUACCUCUCUGUGACCACUGACUACCACUACCACUCACCCACCAAUCAGAGAACACACGUUUGCCACCAGGCAGCCACACAGUGAUCUCCAGGCUUCUCAUCUUGUAAUUAUCAUCAUUAAAUGAACAAUAUGCAGUUUAUUAUUCAGUUUAUGCUUGAAAUCAUGCAGAAGCUGCAUCAUGUUAGGGAGGUGGAAACAAUGGCUACAAACCAGUUUUUUAAGAUUUGUCAUUUUGGUAAUUGAACUUAUUUACAUAGUAAAGUGUUUGAAAUCAAACAUUAAUAUAUUGUUUUAAAUAUGAGAAUAAUGGAAACAUGUCUGUGUUUAGAUGUGUGCCUUCUAGUUUGUAGAGACAUGAUCCUUUUUUUGUUUUGCAGUUUCUGUAGUUACUGCUCUCCACCACUGGGAGGCAGUGCACUCUCACUUAUGAUCUUGAUGUGCUUGACCUUAUUUUUGAGAUCUUUAUCGUGAAAGCAGGACAGGAAAGGUUCCUGUGUGGCCUCAGUAAUCCCAGGGACUGUGAGAGAAUGAUUGUGGUGCAGAGGGAGGAAAAAUCUUUUGUUUUUCUUAUUAAUAGAACAACCUUGGUAAACGUUUUAUUAUUGGUUUCCUACACAUUCCUCAGACGCCGACUGAUUUUAGGUGUGCGAAGUCAACAUUCAUUUUGUGCUUAUAUAAAUAUGUAAAAAGAAUCACAGGCAGCAGUUUGUUUGGUUUUUCUAUCUCCCAAAAAUGAUUUAAUGGCUGAAAAGAUUUUCUAAUGAUGUUUUUUAUGAUCAUGAUAAGUUUGCUUUUUAUUGUGACUCUUGCUGCGUUUACCGUGUCUUCCAUGACGUGUGUGUGUGUGUGUGUGUGUGUGUGUGUGUGUGUGUGUGUGUUGGGGGGUUUGUUAUGUAAAAGUAUGACGUUUUUUAAGGUGAAACACUGGACUCUGUGAAAUGUAAACUUUUUACGUCAUUAAAAGUUUUCAUGAGCAAAUGACAGAACUGCAGAACACGUCGACCCCUGUAGCCCCUCCUCUCACUAACCAUUUUCACACAGUCCCUUAUUGAACACAGACUGAGUGUUUGAGCCGAUCUCUCGUGGGUCAGCUGGGAGUCCUGCUGAUAUACGAGCUGCUUUACUGUCGUUGUUGAAUGUAUUGAAACCUGUGUGGUUCUCUGGUGGGCGUUGGUGUAACCUGGAAUGCAAACGGAUCAAAAUUUGGAGUUUUGGGAUCCACCCCCGCACAUUCAUGACUACUGAAUCAUCACACUGUAUUCUGGAAAUCAGACGGCCACACAGAGAUUAACCGAGCCCGGUGACGCGCUCCCGUCGCACAGUGGGCCUGCGGUUCCACGCAGUGCGUGGAGGCGGGAUCGGUCGUAGCGACAGAGCGACCAUGUGGCUGCUUGAUGGACAUCUCACAGGGCUUUGACUGUACCGUCAUCUCUCACUCUGAUCUGAAUACUGCAAGACAUUACAACCACUUUUUCCUAACUGAUCAUGCAGCUGAUUCCUGUGAGCAGGUCUGACUGUCUUUUCAUUUUUGUCUGUGAAUUUAUGAGGAAAUGUGCAACAGAUCUGGCCUUAAUAGAUGACUCUGACAUUUCA